CUGCACUACGGGACCCUCCUGGGCAGCAGGGCUUGUGCCCACAUGGCAGCAGCUGCCUGGGCCAGUGGCUUUCUCAAUGCUCUGCUGCACACAGCCAAUACAUUUUCCCUGCCCCUGUGCCAUGGCAAUGCCCUGGGCCAGUUCUUCUGUGAAAUCCCACAGAUUCUCAAGCUCUCCUGCUCACACUCCAAACUCGGGGAAGUUGGAUUCCUUGCUGUUGGCUCCUGUUUAGCUUUUGGUUGUUUUGUGUUCAUUGUUUUCUCCUAUGUGCAGAUCUUCAGGGCUGUGCUAAAGAUCCCCUCUGAGCAGGGACGGCACAAAGCCUUUUCCACCUGCCUCCCUCACCUUGCCGUGGUCUCCCUAUUCCUCUGCACUGGCACAUUUGCCUACCUGAAGCCCCCUUCCAUCUCGUCCCCAUCCCUGGAUCUGGCCCUGUCAGUUCUGUACUCGGUGGUGCCUCCAGCACAGAGGGUGAGCGUGGGCAGAGGCUUCACCAUCUCGCUCAGCUCAGAGGAGCUCUCAGAGGAGAAAACGCUGCCUGGACAGCUGCAGCAGCACCGCUGCGCCUGCCUGCAAGCAGCGCCUGAGGAGCAGCUGCGCCAGUUCAGAGUCUGA